GGAAAAGCCUUUUAAAAUACUCUGUCCAAGAAACUAUUAAAAAAAUAUAAAAUGGAUAAUAAUAUAUUUUACAUGCAUUUUUUGUUUCAGAAAUAAUUUUUAUGCAGUCUUGAAUCAUACGACCAAGCAUUAUCAUAAUGGACAGUAAUUGCCCCGAGUCUACUUGCAAAUUCCGGGCAUUUUUCGGCAAUCGCUCGCUUCAAUUGGAUGAGUUGUCGUUGGUAUUGUUCUCAAUUAAUUGUUCCAGACGGUUUUAGAAGCUCAUAACACAGCCUACUUUUCUGAUCCCACCAUGGCGUCAUGCAUAUUCGGCUUUGCCGCUGAUUUGGCUGCUUGGCCAAAUUUCAUAAAUGAUUAAAGAAGUGUUGUUUACGCUUCCAAUGAAUGAUAUACACUGAAAGAGACGCGCAAGGACAAUAGCUUUCCAAAGCAUGUUCGAAAUAUUGUAACAAUGGAAUAAUAAUCAAGUUACGCCAAUGCCAUAGUUAUGGACCCAAUCGAUCGAUAUCAUCUUAAAAUCAUCAAAAUGAGGACUCUCAUAAAUUGUAUAUUUUACACUAAACACUCGUUUAUUGAUCAACACUCCUUCUCACAUCUCCAAAUUUUUCAUAGUAUAAGUAAUAUUAAAAUAAUUAUUAGACGGUUUCUACAGUAUUUCUUAGACAGGCAAUUAAUUAUUUUCACAUUAAGAGAGCAUUUGUACAUUUAUUACACUUUACUCUGUUAUACAAAUAUAUAAUAGUUACAAGAAAUGAAUGAAGCUUUAUAAAUACUACUUAUUUAUCAUAUUAUAUUUGCUUAUUUCGAAACAUUUAUUAAAAGAUAGAUGAGUGCAACUUGCCCUCUUGCUUUUCUCUACUCAUAUAUACUCGCCUGAUUGAUCGUGAACACAAAGAGAGUAAUACGUUCGCAACCAUACAAGCUAAUAAAAAUUCUUUACACCCAUUGAAGAGCUAUGUUCCCCCUGCACGACACGAUUGCAAUAAUCAUUAAUUUGAUAAGGCAUUGCAAUAACAGCUAUUUAAUUUAGAUAACUCAACUAUAAAAUGUAAAGCAAUUUAAGCGAAAGUCACAUUGCAUCUUUUCUUCGCCUAAAGUGUGAACGUACACUAACGAAACACGGCAUAUAGAAAAUUUUCAUUUCAGAAACUGUAUUAAAAUGGCAAAUAACGAGAAAAGUGAGGAUCAUCUCAAUAUCCCGGAAUGGUUGAAUGAGUCAUUCUUCAAAAAUAUUCUAAAACAAGUUGAAGCAGAAAACACGACGGUGACCAAUUUAGAGCUGAAACCGGGAACAUUGAAAAACGAUAACUACGCCAGUAUUUUGUACCGAGCUAAAGUCAACUACAGGUUGCAGUCGCAGCCAAAUCAGGAGAAGAUCUCCUCGUUCAUAUUAAAAGUCAAACCUUUCGUGGAAGGCUUCAAGAAGGAUAUGCUAGGCAAUUUGAGUUUAUUCCAAACUGAAAUACUCAUGUAUGCUAAAGUGUUGCCAAAUAUCGAGAAGGUGCUGAGGCAAUAUGGCGACCAGACCAUUUUGGCACCAAGCCUUAUCGACUACAGCAGUUCCACACCGACAUAUUUGGUUUUUGAAGAUUUAACGCUCCAAGGUUACACCACAAUUGGAUCACGGCAUAUCGAUUUGGAUGAAGGGAAAAUUGCGCUACUCAAACUAGCGAAACUGCAUGCGAUCAGCUACAAAUUGUACAAAGAGGAGGAAGAUGCGGUCAUGACUUCUUUGGAUAAAGGCUCAAUGAAUUCUGUUGACCCUGAAAAUUUUCCAUUUGUUAAGCAUGGCAUUAGAUUGCUCAAGGAAGUGCUAAGCGAACACGAUGACCUAAAACAAUUUGUGUUACACAUUGAGUCAGUCGAACAUUUACUACUGCCAAAGUCUCUCGAGUUGUUUAACCAGGCCAGUAGUGGUAAACGAGAUGGCAUUUUAGUGGUCAACCAUGGUGAUUUUCAUUUGAAGAAUAUGAUGAUCCAAAAUGUUAAUGGCAAACUGACUGAUCUUAUGCUGCUUGAUUAUCAGAUAAGCAUAUUUGGGUCGCCGGCGAUUGAUCUGCAUUAUGCGUUCACUAUGAUGUUUAGCCCCGAAAUGCGGCGUGAUCACUACGAUGAGCUUCUUAAUUUUUAUAUCACCAAUUUUCAGGAGACACUGCUCAAAACAGAAUACAAAGGUCAUAUACCAGCGGAUAUGGAAAUUCGACAUGAAUUGAAACAGCAUAAAUAUUGGGAACUGUUUUUAUUCCUAACUUUCCUGACAAUCAACUAUGCAUUGGCUGAUGCGGAUGCAGACCUUGCAGGGGUGAUCGAAAAUCCGGUGGUACAAAAAAAAGCAUUAGAAAACCCAAAACUACUGGAGGAGUUACGAGAGCUGUUGCCGAGAUUUCUACAAAAUGGUUAUUUCGAAUUAUAGUAAUGCAUAAAAUGAUAAUACUCUUAAAAAUUAUUAUUGCUAUAUUGUGUGCCAUUAUUAAUCAUUGCUCUUGUGUACUUUUACAUAAAAAAUUACAAUAUUGGUAUAAUGCCAAUAAUUAUUUGAAAAACGUAUUCAAA